AUGAGCCAAAUGUGGUUCAACAUCAACAUUCCCGUCACGUUAACCCUAGACCUAGUCGAAUAUGUCAAGCAUCAAGCUCACUCCGGCGGACCCAUUGAUCACGACGCUAUACGAACGGCUCUCGCCGACAACAUCGAUGCCAUAACUGACACCAUCCUUGCAAUACCCUACGACAUCAGACGCAGAAACAGCGUGUCCGCCAGCCCUCGACCAUCAGAAACACCCUCUUCCUUCCGGAUCUUUGUCAAGACUCCAGAAGGUCUGCCCAUCGUCUAUCAGGUCACGAAGUAUACAACUGUGACGGGCCUUACGGAGAAGGUUCAAGGGAAGGAAGGUUUGCGACCGCAAGAUCAGCGUCUAGUCUUGAAUGGGAAGGUCAUCUUCAACGGAGCGAGGGAGGAUGAAGAUAUCAUAAUGCAUCAGGUUACGAUUGGAGCGGUCGGGAUCAAGAAGGAUACUUUGGUGAUCUUGUUGGAUGCGGUGCCUGAAACUUAG